AUGAAUACUGAUCUAACACAUCCGGAACUUUUAACUAUCGAACAACUACAAAAUCAUUUGAAAAAACAUAUUGGAUCUAAUAUAACAAAUGAUAAAUAUGAAUUGAUUCAAUUGUUCUAUAAAUAUAUUGUACCAUUACCACAAAGAAAAUUUCGUGCAAAUCGUUUGGGAACAAUACUUACAAACAGUCAAAGGCAAUGUCAAGGGAAAAAACGAUCGUUAUCCACUGAUUUACAGGACAUUGAGAAAGCGAGCGAAUCGGAAUUACCUCCAAAAGAGUCUUACGGUGAAAGACAUGAAUCGGAUCGUGGUAUUUAUACCAUAAAAAUGCAAAAAACAUCAAAUAAGAAUACAACUCCGAUUAAAAUAAAACGACCUGCAGCUCCUACGACAACGACCGAUGAUCAUGAAAUGAAUAAACGCAUCAAAUUAGAUGAAACAAAUGCAUGA